UUGGAGUCUGGCCCCUCAGCUCCCCCUUUCCAUGUUUCCCUUUUCCUCAGCCCCGUACAUAAUUAUUCCAUUUUCAUCUUCCUUCACCUGUUCUGUCUACUGAACCAUACCCCAUCAAAGACAAAUGAAAUAGGUUCAAUGUAACUCUCUCUCUCUCUCUCUAAUCUAUUAAGGGUGUGAUUGCAGGUGCUCGAGGUUUGAAGGCUAAAAAUGCUACUUACUCUGCAGUGGCUGGAACGGAGUGAAAGUGAACACUGCUUCUGCUAGUCCUUUCACUCCGGACUUCUCGUCGUACGUCGAUGUCAAUCAAUCUAUCUGUUUUUUCUCUAUUACUGUAUUUUUGACGAUUUCUGGGUUUUAUUGACACGAAUCAAUGGCUCAACGGGAAGAAGGCUGGCCUCUUGGGCUGCGACCAGUGAAUGCAAGAGUUGGGUUAGUGAGGAGAAGCCGGGAUUUGUCUGGAUCGGUUUCAUUCAAUACUCUUGUCACUGGUUCUCCCGCCUCCUCCACUGAUUCCUCCUCAGAUCUUGAUACAGAGUCAACUGCUUCUUUCUUCCAUGACAAGAGCAUCACACUUGGGAGGCUUAUUGGUGUUUCUAACAUCCUAGAGUUCUCAAGGAGAUCAACCAGAGGAAGAAGACCAGCAGAGACCUCAAGAGAACAGACGAAUCACUACAAGCCUAAACCUUGGUUAUUCUCACUAUGCUCAAGACUAAGCACUGAUGCUGUGAACACAAACAACACUACCGCACCAUCUUUGGCUCACUUUCUCGAAGAAGAAAGGAGGGCUCACAGAAGAAACCAGAGCCCAACAAUCUAUGGGCCGAAUGAUUUCUCUCCGGCAAGAACCGACACCAAUCCAAAUCCUCUGUUCGUCGGUGGCCGGAUUGCUCCUCAAUCUAGUGCUUCAAUAGGUGAUGAAAAUGGGUAUGGGGUUCCAUUAUUGUUCUCUUGUUUGUGUGGACAACUCAUUGAAUGAUGACUUCUGGCCUGUGAUCCGCAACUUUUAUUGAUCAAAAUCAGAUUGCAUUGCUUGAGACUUGAGAGGGAACACAUAGUAAAGUGUUCUUACUUCUUAUCAAUGGUUCUUUUUUUU